CUUAUUUUAAAAAAAAUUUUACAGUAUAUUUAUUUUAUUAUGUCUGCUAUUAGAAAAAGUUUAAUUUAUGCUGCAAUUAAUAGAGCAUUUGCACUAACAGAUUAUAAUAUUUACAAUAAAAGACACAAACAAGUGGAAUUUCAAAAACAAAUAAUUCUUGCUGAUGAAUCACUUACAAAAGAUGAAAAAUCUGAAGCAGUAAGAAAAUUAACUAAAGUUUAUGACAGUAGUAAAAUUGUUUUUAAUAAAGGAAUAAGAAGAGUUUGUGAAAAUUGUAACCAAAAAUGUUUAGCUACAUUAUAUUGUGAAUUUUGUGUUCGAAAUUAUUUAAAAGCAAAAUUUUCAAAUUGGACAUCUGGAAAUGAUGACAUUGAUAAUUUAAUACAAGAAUGUCAAAUGAAAACAAUUGAACCAGAUAGUAUAGUUGAAUGGAUUCCAUAUAGUAAUUUAAAAAAUAUUAAUUAUUUAACAAAAGGUGGAUGCUCUGAAAUCUAUACAGCAGAGUGGAUUAAUGGAAGUUAUAAUGAGUGGGAUUCUAAAGAACAACAAUUAAAAAGAUUUAGGAAACAAAACGUGGUACUUAAACGAUUAGAAAAUGUUGAAAGUGCAAAUAAACGUUGGUUUGAAGAGGCUAUUUCACAUUUAAAUAUAAGUAAUAAAUGGCCAGAUGCGAUUGUUCCAUGUUAUGGUUUGACACAAGAUCCAUUAAAUGGAGAUUAUAUGCUUGUAAUGAAUGAAUUGGAUAUAGAUUUAAGAAAAUAUUUACAACAAAGUCAUACUCAACUUACAUGGAAAGAAAGAAUUCAAAUUGCUGUUGAUAUAAUUGAUGCACUUUUACGAAUUCAUGAUGAAAAUGCAAUUCAUAGGGAUUUGCAUUCUGGAAAUAUAUUACUUAUUAUUGGUGAAGGGUGUAAUAUUAGUGAUCUUGGAUUUUGUGGACCUGCAGAUAGACCAUCAAAAAGUAUAUAUGGAAAUCUUCCUUAUAUUGCACCAGAAGUUAUUGCAGGAAAAGAAACUACUUUUAAAUCUGAUAUUUAUAGUAUUGCAAUGCUUAUGUGGGAGAUUUCAUCUGGUCAACCACCAUUUAUUAAUUAUGAACAUGAUUAUUAUCUUGCAAUGAAAAUAAUUGAAGGUAUAAGACCAAAAAUUGUACCAGGAAUUCCUAUAGAAUAUAAAAACCUAUUGAUACAAUGUUGGGAUGCUAAUCCACUAAACAGACCAGAUGUUAAAACCCUUCUGGAUAAAAUAAGAGAAAUUAAUUUAUAUUACCAAAAUACUAACUCAAAUGAAUCAACUAAAUUAGAAGAAAAUGAUACUAGAUCGGAAAUGAAUAACUUAGAAAAUUAUACUAGCAGUAGCAAAUUAUUUACGAGUAAAGUUCAUCAAUUUGAAAAUCUUCCUGAACCAAGAAAUGCAACUGAAGAAGAGCAACAGGCAUUUCACAGUAACAAAUCAUAUGACUUUCAUAUUCCUAAUCAUAUUGAUGAUAUUGGUAAAUUGAGUAAUCAAAGUAAUAAUUCUUCAAAAAUAACUAACAGUAACAAAUCAUUCAAAAGAAGAUUAGAAAAUGAUUUUCAAGAAAUAAUGCAACAAAUGAAGAGAAAUCGUAUUAAUAUUGAUGAUGAAGAAGAAAUAUAUAAUAAUCCAAAUUUUCAUUCUGAAGAACAAGAUGAAUUUGAACUUCCCGAGAAUAUGGAUGAAAACUAAUUGACAUUAGUAUUACAUUAUUACAUUUAUAAAUUAUUUAAACACUAAGACUAGAGUAGUAAGAUUAAAGAUGCUUAGUUUGUAAUUUAAAUAAUU